AUGUGCUCCCGAUUUCUAUUUUGUUUCGACUUUGACGACACGCUGAUCGAUGAGAACAGCGACUACUCGGUGGUGCGCGCUGCACCCCUACAUACCCUCCCGUCCAACCUGAGCGACAGUUUCAGCCCUGGAUAUUUCUUGGAACACUCACAGCGCAUCCUAACAUUCCUGCACGAGUGCGGCGUGACCGAGGAGAACAUCCAGGACGAAAUUGAGAAGAUCCCGGCCUCUCCGGGGGGGAGGACGCUGCUGGACUUCCUGUUUGCCGCUGGCGACUUUGAGUGCAUCAUUCUCUCAGACUCUAACGCCUACUUCAUAGAUACGUGGCUACGCAAAGCCGGCUUCUGGACCUUUUUCUCGAAGGUUUUCACUAACCCGGCAGAAUUCGACGCCGACGGGCGACUCGUUUUACGGCCGCUUCAUUCCCACUCCUGCUCCAAAUGCCCGAAAAACCUGUGCAAGCAGGUCAUCCUGAGGGAAUACCUGGAUAAAAGGACGAAGGAACGAGGAGAACCCUUCCAGAAAGUGUUUUUCAUCGGGGAUGGGGCCAACGACAUCUGUCCCACGUUAGCGCUGGGAAAAAAUGAUGUGGUUUUCCCCAGGAAUGGUUUUCCCAUGCAUACAAUUAUUCAAGAAAUGCAAACAGAGCAGCCGGGCGUGUACAAGGCUGCGGUGGUGCCCUGGAAACGAGGCGAGGACGUCGUAGACUUCCUAAAGAAGCUUCUGAAGGAGAAAUAAAUGGGAGGAGUAAAUUACAGAUACGAUACCUCGGAUCCAUUAUGAGGCGUUCAAACCAAGCUGCAGGAGACAGAUUACUGUGGUGGGAGCAAAGGAG